AUGCCCGGUGGUGUCGUUCCCCACGGUACGGCGGACGUGAACCGCGUCGAGGCGCCCGUUACCUUGAAGACCUAUGCCAUGUGUGCUUUCGCCGCAUUCGGUGGUAUCUACUUCGGUUAUGAUUCCGGAUACAUCUCCGGUGUCAACGGUAUGGACUACUUCAUCAAGCUGAUUGACGGUCCCAAUGCCACCGAACUGGAAACCUGGAAGAAAUCUCUUAUUGUUUCUAUCAUGUCUGCUGGUACCUUCUUCGGUGCCAUCAUCGCUGGUGAUAUCGCAGACUGGAUUGGUCGAAAGUGGACUAUUGUUACUGGCUGUUUCAUCUUCCUCGUCGGUGUCAUUCUCCAAGUUGCCUCUGCUGGCCUUGGUCUCAUGGUUGCUGGCCGUCUCAUUGCUGGUUUCGGUGUCGGUUUCGUCUCUGCCGUUCUGAUCUUGUACAUGUCCGAAAUUGCUCCUCGCAAGGUUCGUGGUGCCCUCGUCUCUGGUUACCAGUUCUGCGUCACCAUCGGUCUCCUCCUCGCCUCCUGCGUCUGCUAUGCUACUCAGAACCGUGAGGAUUCUGGAUCCUACCGUAUCCCCGUUGCCAUUCAGUUGCUCUGGGCGCUGAUCCUCGGUACUGGUAUUGCCUGCCUGCCCGACUCCCCACGAUACUUCGUCAAGAAGGGCAAGCUCGACGUCGCCGCUGUCGCUUUGGCCAAGCUCCGUAACCAGCCUAUCGAGUCCGACUACAUUCAGGAUGAGCUUGCCGAGAUCAUUGCCAACCAUGAAUACGAGAUGUCCGUCAUUCCCCAGGGUGGCUACUUCGACUCCUGGAUGAACUGCUUCCGCGGCUCGCUCUGGAAGCAGGAGUCCAACCUCCGCCGAACUAUCCUCGGUACCUCUCUUCAGAUGAUGCAGCAGUGGACCGGUGUCAACUUCGUUUUCUACUUCGGUACCACCUUCUUCAAGACCCUGGGCACGAUUCAGAAUGCCUUCCUUGUUUCCAUCAUCACCUCCAUCGUCAACGUGUGCUCCACUCCUGUGUCUUUCUGGACCGUCGAGAGAUUUGGUCGUCGUUCCAUCCUGAUCUGGGGUGCUCUUGGUAUGGUUAUCUGCCAGUACAUCGUCGCCAUCAUCGGCACCAUCACCUCCAAGCCCGAAGCCAUCUCCGCCAUGAUUGCCUUCAUCUGCAUCUACAUCUUCUUCUUUGCCUCUACCUGGGGCCCCGCCGCCUGGGUCGUCAUUGGUGAGAUCUUCCCUCUCCAGAUCCGUUCCCGUGGUGUCGGUCUGUCGACCGCCUCCAACUGGUUGUGGAACUGCAUCAUCGCCAUCAUCACCCCAUACAUGGUCGAUACCGACAAGGGCAACAUGGGUGCCAAGGUCUUCUGGGUCUGGGGCACUCUCUGCGUCUGCUGCCUGGUCUACGCCUACUUCCUCGUCCCGGAAACCAAGGGUCUCACUCUUGAACAGGUCGACAAGAUGCUUGAGGAGACUACUCCCCGCAAGUCCGCCAUGUGGGUGCCGCACUCUACCUACGCUGCCCAGAUGGGUCUCGCCAACAAGGACCAAGUCGAGCACAUCGAGAAGGAGAGCGUUUAA